AUGCGCGGAAGUGAGAGCGAGGAGAGGGCGCCUGGCGCCGUGCACCCGCUGACUUCUGCAUACCCCGACGAAAUCGCACACCCCAAUGACGACGCACAACCCAGUGAAGUCGCACACCCCAAUGGCAACGGCACCUCCCCGGUGAAUCUCUCGAAUAACAAUGAGAGCUACAACGACAAAACGAAGGAGGGAAAUGCGCUGCAGGAGGGCGAGGCACAGGCUCCCACAGGCUUCCUUGCGAAGCUGAGCGCGUGUGUGGACGUCGUCAUUCCUCCCGGCGGAAUCCUCGCGAGCGCCUUCAACCUCGCGUCGUCGUCGAUCGGGGCCGGCAUCCUCGGCCUGCCCCUGGCGACGAACAGCAGUGGGCUCGUGAUGGCCAUCUUGUACCUCGCCGUCAUCACGUUCCUCACUAUCUACUCGGUGUAUGCCCUCGGCGUGGCGGCGCAGCGAACGCAGAUCAAGAGCUACGAAGCCGUGGCGCUGGCAUUGCUGGGCCGCUGGUUCACCAUGUUCGUUGUCGUUGUGCGCGCCUUUCACGGGUUCAGCGCCUGCAUCGCGUACGUGAUCAGCGUCGGCGACAUCUGGCACAACAUCUUGGAGGGCAGAGAUAGCGUGCCGCAGUUUCUGAAGGAUAAGUCCGGCAACCGCCUGCUGACGAUUGUGGUGUGGCUCUGCGCGAUGCUGCCGCUGGUGAUCCCGAAACACAUUGACUCGCUCCGCUACUUUUCCACCUUCGCUGUCUCCUUCAUCAUCUACUUCGUCGUGGUGAUCGUGGUGCACUCCUGCACGCACGGGCUGCAGGACAACCUCCACCGCAUCAGCGUGGGCAAGGACGACGACGCCAACGUGGUGCUCUUCAACAGCGGCAACAAGGCAAUUGAGGGUCUCGGCGUCUUCAUUUUCGCUUAUGUUUGUCAGGUCAAUGCGUACGAGGUGUACUGGGAUAUGAAGAACCCCACGAACACGCGCUUCACACUCGCCGCCGGCAUCGGUAUGAUGCUGUGCUUCCUGCUCUACGCCAUGACCUGCUUCUUCGGCUACAUGGACUUUGGCAAGGAUGUGGACGGCUCCAUCAUGCUCAUGUACAACCCACUCUCCGAGCCCGAGGUGUUGGUGGCCUACAUUGGUGUGCUCUCCAAGCUAUGCGCCUCCUACGCGUUGCUCUUCAUGGCUGGCCGCUAUGCCAUCUACCACGGCAUCGGUUGGGACGUGGACAAAGUACCCUACUGGAAGCACACCCUUGUUGUGACCUUUAUUUCAGCUAUAAUACUUGUCUGUGGUUUGUUCAUCCCGAAGAUCCAAAUUAUGUUGGGCUUUGCGGGCUCGAUCUCUGGCGGCUGCAUCAGCUUAAUUUUUCCGGCGUUCUUUGUGAUGUACUCAGGUGACUGGACCUGGAAGAAAGUGGGCGCCUUCAACUACAUCUGCACGUACGUGCUGCUGAUUGCAGGAGUGAUCGGAGUGGUGUUUGGCACUGGCGCCACCAUUUACGCCACUGCCGGUGGCUAG